AACCCCAUAUCGAAAAACAUAUUAAAACUAAGUCAUUUUAAAAAAUAUUAACAAAAGAAAAACCACGUCCAAUUCUUGAUUCCAUACGUUCUCAUUAACAUAACAUUCCCAUUUUGGCAACAAUAGACAAUAGUAUACAAAAUCUUCAAACCCGUUUUAUAUUCUCCCCAGAUCCGAAUUUUUGUGUAAUUUUCUUGAGCAUUUUUAAAGGAUAAAAUCAUACUUUCUUUUUUGCAUUGUGCAUUUUCAUUAAAGGGUUCUUCUGAUAAUGGCUGGCCGUUACGAUUCCAAUCCGUUUGCUGAAGAAGAAGUGAACCCUUUUGCGGACAAUGGAGCUCGAGGAAAGGGUCAAUCAAACUAUGGCGGUGGUGCAUUUUACAUGACAAAUCCUGGAAGUGUUGCUCCAGCAAACUCAAAGUUGUCUCCUCUUCCUCAUGAACCUGCUGCAACUGUUGAUAUUCCACUUGAUAGUUCUAAGGAUCUGAAAAAGUUGGAAAAGGAACUUCAAGCUAAAGAAGCUGAACUGAAGAAAAGGGAACAGGAAUUGAAAAGGAGGGAAGAUGCUGUAGCUCGAGCUGGAGUGGUUAUAGAAGAAAAGAACUGGCCACCAUUUUUUCCUAUUAUUCAUCAUGACAUUGCAAAUGAAAUUCCUAUCCAUCUUCAGAAAUUGCAAUAUGUUGCAUUUACAACAUUCCUGGGUUUGGUUGGCUGUCUUCUAUGGAACAUCAUGGCAGUUACCUUAGCUUGGAUCAAAGGCGAAGGUCCGACAAUCUGGUUUCUUGCUAUUAUAUAUUUUAUCUCCGGCGUUCCAGGAGCCUAUGUGUUGUGGUAUCGUCCUCUCUAUCGUGCAAUGAGGACAGAUAGUGCCCUGAAGUUUGGAUGGUUUUUCUUGUGUUACGCGUUCCACAUUGGCUUCUGCAUUGUUGCUGCUGUUGCGCCUCCACUCUUUUUCAAGGGGAAAUCUCUGACUGGAAUCUUGCCUGCUAUUGAAGUUUUAAGUUCGAAUGUGUUGGUGGGGAUAUUUUACUUUAUUGGAUUUGCUUUUUUCGCAAUUGAAUCACUGAUCAGCAUAUGGGUCAUUCAGCAAGUGUACGAGUAUUUCCGAGGAAGUGGCAAAGCUGCAGAGAUGAGGAAGGAAGCUGCAAGGUCAACCGUGAUGGCAGCAUUAUGAUACUCCUCAUGUCUAGGGAGGACCCUGUGUUUCAUGUUUUGCCAUUCCAGAAUUUUUGACAGAGUUCUGAAAAUUUUUUGAUCGAUAUUUGUUCGCAUCAUCAUCGAUUGGAUGGCUUGUUUUACCGAUUCAAAUGUAAUUUCUUAGAUAUAUUGGCACUUAGUAGUUGAUGCUCAAAAUUUAGAGUAGGUGAGGAACAAACGUUUCUUAGUACCUGUAUUACUGAUGCAGUAACUUCUG